AUGGACCAAUUAGACCAGAAGGGGUUCUCUCUGUUUCCUAUGCCGCCUACCCCCCCGGUGAACAGACCCAAUAUUGCUAGGAUGAUCUUGAGUGAACAACAAAGAACGGUUGCUAUGGACGGCCCUGAGCCCAGCUUGAAGCACCGACUCUCUGAUGUCCAACGCUUGCGUCCUCCCCCGCUGAAGCUACGCAAGAAGAAGCCGACCGAGUCGAGCCUACCGCCGUCUACAACAUCGUCGCCUUUGGUUGGCUUUGAGCUUCCCUUACCGUCACCCAGUGACGUUGACGAAGAGCCGUUACCACUAUUCACCACUGGCUAUGAUGCCCCCAGUCAAGGCACGCACCUUGGGGUCCCUGCACCUUCCGCCCGAGCCUCUUCGGUAUUAGUUCCCGAAUACAACAUUGUUGUAGACGGCCCCCCAGAGGAACGAGGGCCGGCGAUUGGGGAGGAGCAGCCUUCUGCGCAAACCGGUGCCUUGUCCAAAAGGACAUCGUAUCGGAAGAGCCAAUGGCUCGACGGCCAGGGAGAACUCGAUCGCAAGAGGCUGUCUAUGUACUUGAGUGGAGUUCUCGAUCCGUCCUUUGAAGUUGUAGAGGAGUCAGCCUAUCUCACGCCAUUGCCACACAAUGCACGUGCGAGUAUCCUCCAGCAUGAGAACCAAGCGCUCGAUGAUGCCUCUUACGCUACGUCAUUCUCGUUGCGAAGUUCUUGGAGAUUUUCGGCCCUCUCAAACGCGUCUCACAACUCUCGAAGACCAGCACCGAUUCAGAUACGGGACGACGCGUCGGCUAAAGACUGCCACUGCCCCCCCGGUGUAAUCAUCUGCAAGUGCUGUUCCUCGCCAGAGUUUGAGCGCUUCCGACGCGUUCACAGCGAGCACAAGUCCAAUCCCAGCGUCAGCUCCACCACAUGUUUCCUGUCGAUUCCCAGGGCCCGCUUCCGGUCCAACCUGGGCGAGGUCGACGAGAUGGACACACCUUCCACGCCCCCGGGACUUAUGUAUGAUUCUGAGGACAGCGAUGAGUUCGACUGGUCUCUGCCAAACUCUCCGACUUUCCACGAACGCACGUUGCACUACCAAGAUACCCCAACCCCGGCUCCUCGUCAACCUCCUAAGACGCGGGGCCCUGUCCCAUCGUUCUCCCUCCCCUUUUCGCACGGAAAGCAGAUCCGACCUCAGUUCCACGUCGAUCGGACACAGUCUUCGUCACCACGCACUUCGCAGCACCCCUCGUCAACCAGCACGGUCCCUACGUUGGCUAGCAUUUCGACCGUGUCCACAUUCACCUUUGAUUUCUGCCGCAACGACGACGACGAAGAAGACAACCAGACCGAGUACGAUUUGUCCGACGAAGUGACCGAGAUCAGCGAGAUCCGCACCUUCAAACCGGUUCAAAAGGCCAAGCCAGUCUUGGUCCAUUGUCGCGGUCCGUCCCCACAGUCCAUCAAGUAUGGACAGCAUCGUCUCCGGCACAAGGUGGCCGACAGUGACGACUCGUUCUCGUCGACCGAGAACUGGGGAACUGGAUACGCUACCAUCUAUGUACGAUAA